GUAAGGAUACGAAUCAUAUGCGGAAGAAUUUGGCAUUCUCACCAUUUCUCUUCAAUAAAGGCCUAAUAUUUUCCAAAAUGAGCAAAUCAAAAACCGGCAAGAAAGAAAAAAUUAGUGUUGCAAGCGAGAUUGACCGCAUUGAGGAGCGCAGAUUGCAUUGUAAAAACCACCUGGAGAGAGCCGAGUUCAGACAGAGAAAAGAGCAACUCUCUGACAUAGACAGGCAAGCCAUGGAGGACGAAAUGAUCAUAUUGAAUGAAAGAAUACAAAAAUAUGAAAAGGAGCUGCAGGUGCUCAGAGGAGAGAACAGGAAAAACAUGAUACUCUCUGUCGCUUUGUUGUCCAUCAGCGCUCUUUUCUACUGUGCAUUCAUAUAUUAAGACACUUUCUUUAUAAGGGAUUGAAAUAUGGGGAGAUUAGCCAAAACACCCACUCGCCAUUCUCCAGCCCGUACCAUUGUUUGGAGGUUGAGGGGUCCAUUAUUGUUGUCUCUACCAUAAAUACAACAUGCCUCGCUUUUUUUUGUAAAGCAAGUGGACAUUAAGGGACGCUUGUACUGUUCCCUUCUGAGAGGGGAACAGAAUAGGUUACGUUAAGAGGUUGUGUUUAAAAGUGCCACUUGUAACUGCUACUGUUCUAUAUAAGUAAAUUCUAAGUAAUCUCAGUUCCAUGUCAUGCUGAACAAUGUAAAUGUAUGAAGUUGUAUUUUUACACGUGAACUGUCAAACGCUUGACCCAGUAAUGACUCGCGACUUCUCUUCACGGAUCACUGUUUAUUGCAUUUCAACAGGACUAACAUGCACAAAGGUGGGGUGGGGCAGAGGGUGUUAUUCCAUCCAAAAAUAAAAUUUAUCAACAAAAUCUUCAAUUGAAAUAAAAAACAGCUAUCAAUAAAACGCAAUACUGUCCCAUCA